CUUGCCUCCCAUUGGAAACGACAGGAUGUGCUAUAUUUUAGUAGAACAUCUUUGAUAUCGACGUCGUUAGCUGCUGCAUGGUCUUUUGUGGUAGCUAACAACAAACAAGUUAUAUUUUUCAGCUAGCUAGCACGUUUCCUAUUAAUCUAGCUGAGCUAGAUCAACAUGAGUUUAGCAUUUAGCAAAGAGCCCCGUAAAACGGCGGGGAACCGCAUGUCUAAGUUGUUAGAUGCUGAAGAAGAAGAUGAAUUCUACAAGACCACAUACGGCGGAUUCAACGACGAAUCAGGAGAUGAUGAGUACAGAGGGGAGCACUCAGACACAGAGGACGAGGUCGACAGUGACUUUGACAUAGAUGAGGGUGACGAGCCUGAUAGUGACCAGGAGGAUGAUGCUCCUCGCAGGAAGAGUCGAGUUGUCACCAAAGCUUAUAAGGAACCUCUGAAGGUGACCAAGCCUAAACCAAAGAGGCCUUCAGAGGAGCUGAAGAAGACGGAGAAAGCCAAAAUGGAGAGGAGGGCGCCGCAGGAGUUUCAGGAGUUUGGAGAGACUCGGAAAUCUGUGCGCCAGUCGACCAGCGAGCAUACGCGGAAGACCAACCUGCGACUGCAAGAAAGACAGGAUGCCCCCCGACGGCGGAGGGGAGCCCACCACGACCGACCCCUGACCCAGGAAGAGUUGCUGGCUGAGGCCAAAAUAACUGCUGAGGUCAACCUCCGAUCCCUAGAGAACUACGAACGUCUUGAGGCUGACAAGAAAAAACAGGUCCAUAAGAAGCGGCGAUUUGAGGGCCCCACCAUCCGCUACCACUCUGUCCUCAUGCCCCUGGUGCCUCACUCCAUCUUAAAAGAAGAAAAUGUGGAUGUGGAAGGGUUAGACCAGGACACACCGCUGCUUGUUGCUCCUGUGGCACCAAGUCCAAUGCCUUCCCAGCAACCCUUGGGAGGUCUUUGCUCCCGCACUUACAUCACCUUUAGCGACGAGGAGGCCUUUGAGGCUGCCUUCCCCCAGGCUGUGCGGACCGGCUCCCAGCCCCCCACCCAGGAAGUCUGUCCUGUCACCCACAAGGCUGCAUUAUACAGAGACCCAGUUACAGACAUCCCCUAUGCCAACACACGAGCCUUUCGCAUUAUUCGCGAAGCCUACCGCAAAUAUGUGGCAGCUCAUGGAUUCCCCAACUCUGCUGGGGGUUUCUCUGUGGUUGAUGCCUCAGGUUCCAGGAGUGCACGCCAGAAAAUGGUCAAGCAGAGCACAGUUGCAAGGUAGAGGCUUAUAUUCUCUCAUAAGUCUGUCCUCCUUUUUAUUUAGAGCCCCUCAUCUGUUCAAAGAUUUAAAUCUACAGUCUGGGAUUCAUCUUUCAGCGAAAUGGCAGCCCCAGUACUUGUUUUGGUGUACAGCUGAAGCAUAGGGCUAUGGAAAUUCUUGUUUGUAAACAUUGGAGUAAUAGAAUUUACAUUUAGGAUAGAACGGGGCUUUCCAGCCCUGUUCCUGGAGAGCUACUGUCCUGUAGGUAUGUGAAUAAAAUUUUCAAUAAAUUUCCUUUAACAUCCUGGGCCCUUUUUUUGCCUGGAACUAAGUAGGCGCAAGUGUCAAACUUAAGUCGGUUUGCAAUUUCGUCAUGGAAAAACAGGCGCACUGGCAUUUUACAGACCUAACACGAGGUUUGGCAAUUUACCUGUGGGACCAGUGGCAAUAUUUAAGACUCACAAAAAGCAGGUAUUAACAGUAACGCAGUUGAUAAUGGAUUGAUUGUGAGAAGCACAGCCGAUCCAGUCAUGACGCACAGUGCUCAUGGAAGGAGAGAUGUGCCUUUUUGUGCCGGUAAAUCUCAUAUUUAGAAACGUAAAUGAACACUCGCCCCCCCCCCCCCCAUUUAAUUUAACUUGAUUAAAAACUAAGCACAACCUACCCUCUCCUUAAUAGCAGAAUCUCAUCAGUGUGUAUUUUUAUGCUGGUUCAUUAGCCAAGUAGUCUAUGAAUAAAGGAGUUUUAAAUGGUCUACUGAAACUGCUUUGAAAUAUUUGAGGUUUUUGCCCUCAUGCUUUUUCGUUAUUCAAAAUUUACAUAGCUGCAUUUCACUUGUUCAAGUAGGCUAUCAUCCUCAUUUUCAAAGAGCGCCGCUCAUCUGAUUACCGAAGACAUGCUCCUCCAAACUAUUCAGUCCUCCAUAUCAACUGCUGGUUUCUUUUGAGUAUCUACAAUUUACAGUUGUCCUAGGCUAUAGCAUUCACACUGAUAUAGGGGUUAUGUUUAACAAUGCAUUUCCAUAUUGAAGCAAUGCUAUUAGAACUAUGUGGACUGCAAACAUGUUCAACAUAUUUAGCAAAUAUGGGGCAGACUAUUUAACGAACUAACAUUCGAAUUGGUCUUGAUGACAACGCAAUACAUAAGACUGUAAAUACACAACUUGAAGCAAACGCAUAGAGCGCCUUCUGAAUGUAUUCCCAACCCUUUACUUUUCAACAUUUUGUUACCGCCUGGAUUUGAAAUGGAUUAGAGAUUUUUUCACUGAUCGACACACUACACCGUAAUGUCAGUGGAAUUGUGUUUGUAGAAUAUUUUACAAAAUUAAAAUCUGAAGUGUCUUUAGUCAAUAAGUAUUCAACCUCUGUUAUGGGAAGCCUAAAUAAGUUCAGGGGUAACAAUGUGCUUAACAAGUCACAUGAGUUGCAUGGAGUAGUGAAUUUCAAGCACAGAUUAAACCACAAAGACCAGGGAGCUUUUUCAAUGCCUCGGUAGAUGUUUAAAAACAAUUAUAUUAAAAGCAGACCGUGAAUAUCCCUUUGAGCAUGGUGAUGUUAUUAAUUAGGCUUUGGGUGUAUUGAUACACCAUCCAGUCACUACAAAGAUGCCGGUGUCCUUCCUAACUCCGUUGCCGGAGAGUUAAGAAGAGGGACCUCGGAAAACUACAAUUGGCACAGAACAGCAUAGUCCGCAUGGCUGGCCCUUAAAUGUACACGGAGAGCUAGCAUGAAUUCUAUGCAUGUAAAUCUCUCGUGGCUCAAAGUGGAGGAGAGAUUGACAUCACUACUUGUUUUUUGUAAGAAGUGUUGACAUGCUGAAUGUAACAGAGCUGUCUGUUUAAACUACUAGCACACAGCUCAGACACCCAUCCAUACUCCACAAGACAUGCCACCAGAGGUCUCUUAAUAACAAUCCCCAAGUACAGAACAGACUAUGGGAGGCGCACAUGGAACUCUAUUCCACAUCAGGUAACUGAUGCAAGCAGUAGAAUCAGAUUUAAUAAAACAUGAAAUUACACCUUAUGGAACAGCGAAGAGGCCCAUGAUAAGGGAAAGUGGGAUACCUAGUCAGUUAUACAACUGAAUGCCUUUCUACUGAAAUGUGUCUUCUGCAUUUAACCCAACCCCUCUGUAUCGGAGAGGUGUGGGGGCUGCCAUAAUCGACAUCCACGUCUUCAGCCCACAGGGAACAGUGGGUUAACUCCCUUGCUCGGGGGCAGAAUGACGGAUUUGUACCUUGUCAGCUCGGGGAUUCCAUCCAGCAACCUUUUGGUUACUGGCCAACGCCCUAACCACUAGGCUACCUGCUGCCCCACGCACUCUAAGACACGCACUCUUUACACACAUGGAUUUUGUAUUGUAGAUAUGUGGUGGUGGUCUAAGGGAACACACUGAAUGUGUUGGGUACGGUGUUAUGAAAUGGAAUACCAUGUAUUUGUAACUAUAUGUAACCGUCUUAUGUUGCUGGACCCCAGGAAGAGUGCUAAUGGGGAUCCAUAAUAAAUACAAGCCUGAGA